AUGAUGCUGGACUCAUCAGUGGCAGACCAGAUCACCCGCCUGACACUGAGUCUCUUGGAGCAGAAGCUGGAGCAAGAGCGAGAGAACAUGGGAGGGGACUCAGAAGGCUCUUUCUCGGUGCCAGCAUCCUCCACCUUCGGCCUGCAGGUCCCAGGCGGAAAGGAGGCCAGGCCAGACGAGGCCCUGCCCCGUGCUCUGAGGAGGAGGAAGGACCUUCUACAGAGACUCUGGGAGCAGCAGCUUCUAGAGGAGCACCCCCAGCCCCGCUGCUGGAGGGGGCCACCCGGAGGAGCCCACAGGUCAGCCCUGCACCCAGAAGUGCCUCCCGUGGGCAUCUACCAGGCCGCGUCUCCACCCCUGCAGGCCCCUGAGCCUCUGAGGAUCAUCCAGCACCCGGUUCCCCAGCCUCCUGCCACCAUCAUUCAGCAGCUCCCUCAGCAGCCACUCAUCACACAGAUCCCUGCUCCUCAGGCCUUUCCCACUCAAAGGUCAGGAAGCAUUAAAGAAGACAUGGUGGAGAUGAUGUUGAUGCAGAAUGCGCAGAUGCACCAGAUCAUCAUGCAAAACAUGCUACUCAAAGCCCUCCCACCUGCAGUAGGGCCUGGGGGACCACACACCCCGCAGCAGGACCUGCAGUGGGCACGCCAGGUCAUCCUGAGAGCCCAGAGGCAGAGGCCAGCCCCAGUGCACCAUCACCACCACUAUGCGCCCCCAGUCCCGCUGCAGGCUAGCCCCAUGCCUGGCACCCCUGUUGGUUAUUCCACGUGUCCUCCAGUGGUCACGGCCACAGCCCUCCCAGCGGCCAACAGCUUCCUGCCUACCAUGCGCCAUGUGGCUGGCCCCACGGCGGCAAUGGACGGUGAGCUACCCUCACAGGCUCCAGGAAUGUGAGCCCCUUGCUCCAGCUUGGUAAGCAGCAAGGUCUUCACCCUCCAGGGCCACUGGAAAAACCAGGUGAAUGCCUCACCCAGAUGAAACACAAAGUUCGUCCGGAAAGAAUUCAAGAAAAACACAGUUCAGGGUUCUCAAUAGAUAAAUAGCUUUAGCUACAUAAAAAAUUAAACAUUUCUAUGGGGGAGACAUAAGAAAGUCAAAUUGGAGUGGGGGACGCAGCUCAGUGGUAGAGGGCCUGCCCAGCAUGCUUGAGGACUGCACUUGAGCCCCAGCACCACCUCUCACACUAACAUGGUGUGGGAAGGCCUGUUUGUCAUUCAUGUGAAGCAGUCUCCUCCCGUUCCCUUCAAGUUAAGCCCUAUACGUGUGCAUAGGCUGCAGGCACCACGGAUCUGCUCAACGGCUUGCCCAUCUCUGCAAAUCAAAAGCAAGUGCCUGAAGCUCCUUCUGCAGAGCAGGUGGGGGCGAGGUAGGGGGAUAGCUCCUCUAGUCUGUUCCUCUGGGUCCUGUCACUGGUUCUUACGUGUACAUGAUACCCGCAUGCUUUACAGAAAGCUGUUUGUUACUCUUUUUGGUGGAAUUUUGUUCCCUUCAUGUUUCGAUGUUGUUUUUUAAAGUCUUGAUUUUAAGUAUUCUG